AUGGUUUCGCCCUUUCGCCAACUGAGACAGCGAGUUGCGAGUGUCCGACACAGCGGCCUCGUGCUUCAAUGGAAGAGAAAGUUUGGUUGGAUCCAACCGGAUCAGAUGCUGGACCACCCAGAAGCAUUCAAGAAUAAUUGGAGGAUUUACGUGAAUGCACUGGAUGUGAAGGGUGGCAUCCUGCACAGCGGAGCCAGAGUGUCCUUUUUUGUUUACAGUGAUGGCAAAGGUCUUGGAGCUGAAGAUGUCCAGCUGGAGGGCAAGAGGACCUGGACUGGUAAAGGUGUGGCUGCCUCCAUGGGCAUGCGCCAAUUCCCUACGAAGCUUCACAUCCAAAAGAGCAUCAACAAAGAUGGCUGUGUCCGUUUCUCGUCACUCAGAGGUGGCAAAAAGGGUGGCAAGGCGAAGGGCAAGGGGAACACAUCUCGGCCCACGGAUCCCGUUUGGACACAGCGACAAGGUCCUGAUCGAGAGAAGCACACCGAAAUAGGGGAAGCGUGUGUUCUUUCCUGGGCCUUGUCAGAGAUGAGAGGUUGGAGGCCUGCAAUGGAGGAUGCGACCUGUGUGUGUACGCAGCUCGCGGACCAACUUACAAAUUUUGCCUUGUUUGCUGUUUUUGAUGGUCAUGGGGGUUCAGUGGUCUCCCGAUACGCAGCCCGAGAACUGCCGAGCGCAGUCCAAGCAUCAGCAAUGGAAGAUUGUUUAGAUGAACAAGACCGCAUCGACGUUCCAAGAUUGCUCGGCAACGCACUUGCCAGCUUGGAUGAGGCGUUGCGACAUGAUGGGGAGGGUGAACCUGGCUUUUUGCAUCUUGCAGGCGGCGGGAAGCCUAUUGAGGGCUCAGUGAGGAAUGCCUUUGGACUCAUGGGCAGCACCGCUGUGAUGGCAAUGGUAGAAUGUGAUGGUCCACCUGAAACUUCUCACCCACUGCGGGUGACGGUUGCAAAUCUCGGGGAUUCUCGCGCUGUAGCUUGCAGAGCUGGUGAGGCAGUUGCUUUGUCUGAAGACCACAAACCAGAUUUGCCGGCAGAGCGUGCACGAAUUGAGAACGCUGGUGGCUCAGUUGGCGCAGUUGGCCCUUGCCACCGUAUCGACGGAUGGGGAUUGAAUCUAUCACGAGCACUUGGAGACUUUCAUUACAAAGCUCGUGAUGACCUUUUGGCGCACGAGCAGAAAGUCUCCAUAGAGCCUGAUGUGACAAUUCUCGAGGUCACUCCUGAGGACGAAUUUCUCUUCCUUGGCUGCGACGGAAUCUUUGAGCUAAAUUCCCCUCAGGCUGUGGUGGACCAGAUCCGUGCUGGGAUCGGCCAGGGCAGGAUGCUGAACGACAUUGUUGAAGACAUUUGUGAAUCCAGCUGCAGCGUUGAUUUGGCACAGACAGGUGGAGCGGGAGGCGACAAUGUCACUGCAAUGGUGAUCCUAUUGCAGCAACGAGCCACUGGUGAAAGUCACUGA